AUGAUUGGUUGGAGUUUGAUUGAUAAUUAUGAGUAUAGUGAAAAUGGUAGAAUAUGGAUUAUGUAUGAUGGUGAGAGUACUUUAAGCUGGACCUUGGUCUAUGGGGCUAGCAGUAUUGUAGAAAGACAGAAAAUGUGGGUUGAUCUUGUUGACUACACUAAAAGCAUUGCAGGAGCCUGGAUUAUUCAGGGAGAUUUCAAUGCUGUUAUAGGAGAUGUAGACAUAUUAGGGGGUAAUGAGCUGGAUAGUGAUCAUACUAUGGAAUGGGAUAUUGUGACAGAGGAAUGGGACAAAGAUGUUGUUGGUUUUAGUAUGUUCAAAGUGGUGAAGAAGCUCAAAGCUAUAAGAUAUAGGCUUAGUAAGUUGAAUAGAAGACAUUUCUCUGACAUUACUCAUAAAGUUAAUAUUCAGAGGGAGAGAUUGAAGAUUAAUCAAAAAGACUUACAGAAAGAUCUUAUGAAUGAGUAUCUUAUCUGUGAAGAGAAGGCUAUGACCAUUCAUCUGAGGUUCCUCCUAAAAUGUGAAGAAAGCUUUCUGAAACAAAAAUCCAGAAUCCAAUGGCUAAAGCUUGGAGAUGCAAAUACAAAGUACUUUCACAUUGUGAUUAAGCAAAGAAGAGCUAAGAAUAGUAUCCAUGUCUUAAAGCUUGAUAAUAGGAGUACUAUUAGGGGUACAAAAGAAAUCCACAAAGAGGAAGAGAAGCUCACUAAUGAAGAUGGAGAUAGUCUCUUAAGGGUUGUCUCUGAAGAGGAGGUCAAACAAGUUGUUUUCUCCAUUGGCUCUAAUAAAGUUGAUAUUAUCAAGCUUGAUCUUCUGAAAGCAGUCAGGGAGUCCUUUAAUUCUGGUAAGAUCCUUAAGCAAAUUAAUUGCACUUCAAUUACAGUAAUUCCUAAGUGUAAUAAUGCUGAGAAUCUUAGUGAUUUUAGGCCAAUUGCAUGUUGUAAUGUGGUUUAUAAAGUGAUAACCAAGAUUAUUUCUACUAGACUUAGUCCUCUUCUUAUGAACAUAGUCUCUCAAAAUCAAUCGGCUUUUAUUCCUAAAAGAUCUAUAGCUCAUAACAUCAUGUUAGCACAUGAGUUAGUGAAAAAUUAUCACAGGAACAGUGGCCCUCCUAGAUGUCUUCUUAAGAUUGAUCUUAGAAAAGCUUAUGACUCCAUAGAUUGGGACUUUAUAGAGGGAGUUUUCAUUGGCUUAAAUUUUCCUAAUAAGUUUAUUUCCCUGGUCAUGGACUGUAUUAGAACUCCCAGUAAAACUGUGUUAUGGAAUGGUAAUAGUGGUGAUAAGUUUUACUCCUCUAAAGGCCUUAGGCAAGGUGAUCCAAUAGUCAGUAACAAUUUCAAGUUCCAUUAUGGUUGCAAUUCUCUUAAGUUGAACCAUCUUAUAUUUGCUGAUGACUUACUUCUUUUCUGUCAUGGCAAUAAUACUUCUGUGACUUAUUUUAUGGAUAACUUGAACUCCUUUAAAGCCAAGUCUGGUCUUCAGGUUAAUACUAACAAAAGCCAGCUUUUAUAUUGUAGAAUGCAACUGAUAAACUCUGUUCUCAUGAGUAUGCAUGAGUUCUGGGCUUCCAUCUUGAUCCUGCCAAAGAGUGUGGUUAGAGAAAUUCAGAAAGCUUGUAAUAGAUUUUUUUGGACUGGAAAAGAAGAGGGUAAGUAUAAUGCUAUGGUUUCCUGGAAGGACAUUUCUAAGCUAAAGAAAGAAGGAGGUUUAGGAGUGAAGGACAUCCAUAUAUGGAAUAAAGCUGCAAUCACAAAGCAUAUUUGGCAAAUCUUCAACAAUCCUGAGUCUAUUUGGGUGAAAUGGAUCAAAGUGAAUAAAUUGAGAAGGAGAAGCUUCUGGGGAGCAAAGAACAAUGACAAAUCCAAUUGGAUUUGGAGAGGCAUUCCCAAUACCAGAAGUGAAGCCAGAAGAUUGAUUGAGUAUAAGUUUGGCAAUGGUACUAAUACAAAUUUUUGGGAUGAUCCAUGGGUCCAAGGUUGUACUAUGAUGGAGAAAUUCCCUAGAGUAAAAAUGAGGGAUACUGAUAUUCCCAAUCAUACCACGGAUGCUGAUUUGUGGAGGAACAACAGAUGGGAGUUCCCUGACCCUAGUGAUGAAGCAACAGAAGAGGCUUGGGAGUUCAUCAGACAUAAUAUCAGACCUGGAAACAAUGAAGAUAGCAUCUACUAG